UUCUCCCCUUGCUGCGUCUGUUGCUGCAGCAGCACAACCAGGAGACAACUGUUCCCCCCUGCUGCGUCUGUUGCAGCAGCACAACAGGGAGACGGCUGGUUGGCUUAAGGACAUGGACAGGCGGUUGGAGAGGGAUGCAGCACACCUCAACACCGUGCUCGACCGAGCCAUACAGCAACUGAGCGAGGAGAGGGAACGAGCAGACAAACAUGCAACAGUGGUCGAUCAGGCCACAGCAGAGGCGAUUCUCAAAGCACCCAGCAUAGAGGCGGCAUCUGCAGUGCUAAGGGGCUUGCAGGCUACCACUGUUGACCUGAGGAAGCUUGCAGAGAGGGGUGAAGGGGAACGGGAUAAGGGGAGAGUAGGGGGGAACGGGGGGGAUAAUGGAGGGGAGAAGAGAGGUGGGAAGAAAGAUGUGGACGGGGAGAGGAGGGAUGGAGAGAAGGGGCCGCUGGUGGAGUGUUUGGAGAUGUAUUCUCGAGCCCAAGGGCUGGAAAAGAGGUUCCAUGCAGCCCUGCAGGUGUACCAGCAAUGGGACAGGGAGGUGGCGGUGAGGCAGUUCAUGCUGGCUCGUUUGAAGGAGCUGGACGGGUACCGCCAGUUGCUGAAAGAUCUGAGGAUCAGUGCCGCCCAGGCCAACGCCACUGCCGAGGCUAUGGAUGCUAAGAACCCCAAUAAGACACGACUUGAAGCCUUUCUCAUGUGGUAUCAGCUCUACUCCUUCUGGUUUGACCGAGAAGGACCCGGCCACCCGUCCGCGUCAGCAUUCGUCGCUGACGUGCAAUCCGAUCGCAACGCCAGCCUGGCACGUGCCACGUCAGCAUCGUCCGCUCUUCGGCAAAUUCAGGAUAGGCUUUUUGGGGAUUGCGGGCUGCGGUUACCACACAGCAACUGGACGGCACAGCAGGACGAGUUUCUGGCUCGGUUUCACACUGUAGCUGCCGCGGCUGGUGCCGCGCCUCAGUGCAUGGACUGGGAGAUGCUCGAUCCUGGUUACGAGGAUCGGCCGGGCCUAGAAGCUCCACCUUACGUCUGGCAAAAGGAUCCGGACCUGUUUCCGGACCAGUACCCGGAGGUUCGGGCGCACUUCACCUUCUUGCUUCGGUAUUACGGGGCUCCGGAGCGGGUAAAACCGCUGGUGGAGCGUUUAUACGAGUGUACAAACGGGAUGCUGGGCACUGGAAAAUUACCGGGUGUUCGGGCAGAGUUACUCGUAAAUGUUUUAGAGCCGGAAAAAACCCUCGGGCAGUGGAUACAAAUGUGGAACAGAACCGAUCCGGGGAUUUUUGUCGUGCCGGUAUUACCCCAUUCAGUGGACGAUUCUCGAGGGUAUAAUGAUCUGGCAUGGAUGGCACGAGGCGACCUGCUAGUGCUGCUACAGGACGACUACUUGCCGCCCGAGAGCUGUGAUUGGCUGCAGGAUUUACUCUCCGCAUUUUUCGCAUGGCCUAGGCUCGGAAUGGUCGGCUAUCGGACGGAUAAUAUGACAAAUCUCGCCGCCCCUACAACCAGCAAGAUCGUCAAGUUCUGGGCGGAUUUGGCUCGAGAGGAAGAUGGGGUGGAGAGCAGGAAAAGGAGAGACCCCGAGACGGGAGUGGGGAUGCAUUUCACGGGGCUUGUCACGGGGUUACCCCUGGUGGUGCGGCGAAACGUGCUGAGGCGACUGGGUGGGCUGGAUGAGGCAGAUGACCGCGAGGGCGAGGCGGCUAUUGUGUCGGACUGGCAGCUGGCGACAAGAGUGUGGAUGUCUGGUUACCAGGCGCCUGGGCUGGGUGGGCUGGAUGAGGCUGACGACCGCGAGGGCGAGGCGGGGAUUGUGUUGGACUGGCAGCUGACAAUGCGGGUGUGGCUGUCUGGUUACCAGAUUGCGCGUCUCUACCUUCAUAAGGGAUCCAUUGGUGAUGCGUUGCUCGUCUGUAUCCCCGGAAGGGAUCCUCUGGUGAUGCUGGUGACUUUGAUCGCAUUUCCAGAACUGGUUACCACCGCGUAA